AUGGCACUCAACAGCCGCGAUACCUCUCCAAGCCCCGUCUCCUUCGACGCGUACGACAUGUGCGAGCUCGAAACCCAUCCCGGACAUCGACUCGACCACCGCCCUACCACCACCACCACCUUCGCGCACAGCGCCUGCCUCCACCCAAUCUCCCGCAGGGACAUGCAGGCUCGAGGACUUGACGCCGCCGCGUCCCUGCUCAUCGUCUCCCUCUCCGGCCGCGGCAAGGACGCGAAGCAGGUCGGCGAUCAAGUCCUAGGACUGCUGCACCCGCGGUGGUGCCAGCGCUGUGUCGGCGAGCGGGAGGCGUCGCUGGUGGCAGCCGCGCGAUCCAAGCUCGGAGAGAUUGCCCGCUGCUCGGGUCAGCCUGGCGGCGAGAAGGCGAAGAAGGGCGCGUACUUCCUCCGAUUGAACCAGGCUCGCGUCGAGGUCGUGAAGGGGCCGCUGAGGAAGAGCGAGAGGGCCGAGGCCAAGGCUGGCGUGCUGGAGAUACAGAUGGACGACGGGAUGGGCGUGGGAGACGACGCGGGGGAGAUGGAGGAUAUGAUGGCGGGCAUGGAGGAGGCGGAAAUCGCGUGGGAUGAGCUGGCCGACCGGACCGAGUGGCACGGUUCGGUUGAGGAAUGCGGCAUGCAUGGCUACAGGGAUGGACGGGGACUUCAGACUCGGUGGGUACAUUUUCUGCUGUUUUCCUCGCUCCCUGUUGCUGUUGGCCAAACUUGUUUGAAAAAAAAAGAAGAAGAAGAAGCAGACUCCCUCCUAAGACUCCCUUCAAGAGCGCCUACCGAUUGA